UGAAUUGAAUUAAUAUAUUCAGAAAAUGGCAGCACACGUUUUUGACUCCAUCGCGUGUUAAGGUUCACAGCAUGGGUGAAAAAAAAAAUGGUACAUCAUGUUAUUUAUGGAUUAAAACUACGUGUUAAUAAACAGAUUAUCUUUGAUACUAACGACUCGCCAUAGCUCUGUCUACGAGUUGCAGGCCGCCCCUGCGUUACACUUCACAAACAACGGAGCAAAGAGGUGAAGGGAGUGAGUCCAGUCAGGCGAAUGAUUAGACACCAAAUCACUGAUCCAACGACUGGAUUUAAAUGACCAAAACUACCAAAAAUAAAACAAUUUUUUUGAGUCGUAUCAAUAAAACAAAAGGAAAAUUAAGAUUUUUUUAAGAAUUCAAUUGCUACAAUUUAAAGUGAUCUAAAGUGUAAAAGGGUCUAACAUACUUUAACUGAAGCGGUGUGUUCUGAGCUGCAGGAACAGAACCAGACAGGUUUAGUUGUGUUGUGUCACUGUAGAACCAUUUAAUCAGUGGUUCUGUUGGUUUGGCCGACAGAGCACGCUCAGCUGGGCUCUGUUGAUUGGACGGACUGAUACAGACUUCUAGGUGAAUACCAGAAUCCGGAUCAGACUGCAGGAUCGGAUGAGGACGAGCUAAGCAUUCAGGACCAGAACCGGUCUGCUGUGGGUCCAGUUUCUGUCUGAGUCACCUGGCCUCACCUGAUUGGCUCUUCAGGCUGAGCAAACUGUAGAUUUUAAAGGUCGUGGAGUCAAUGAACCUGAGAAUGUUUGUGGUGUAUGAAUCAGCCAAUCAGAGGACAGAACGCUCUGACCCUCCUCCUCAACUUGCUCCUCUACCUCUUCAUCUUCUGCUAGUUCUGCAGCUCAACAAUGCACACCAAAGGAAGCUCCUGCUGCUGCUCCUUCGAGGACUACAAGCUGACCACCGAAUGGCUGCUGAGCCAGACCCGGCACCGACCCAAGGUGGCCGUGAUCUGCGGAUCAGGACUCGGUCUGCUGGCCGAAGGGGCUGCAGACAAGCAGACCUUCAGGUACCAGGACAUACCGAAUUUCCCUGUCAGUACAGUUCCAGGUCAUGAAGGCUGCCUGGUGUUUGGGACCAUCGAGGAGACCCCCUGUGUCUUCAUGAAGGGUCACUUCCACCUGUACGAAGGUUACUCCCUCUGUCAGGUCACCUUCCCUAUCCGGAUCUUCAAGCUGAUGGGCGUGGAGUGCGUGUUGGUGACAAACGCCUCUGGAGGAAUCUGCCCGGACUUUAAGGUCGGAGACAUCAUGAUCAUCAAAGACCACAUCAACCUGCCGGGCUUUGCUGGGCAGCACCCUCUGUGUGGACCCAAUGACGAACGGUUUGGCAUCCGCUUCCCCUGCAUGUCGGACGCCCACAGCAAAGAACUUAGGACUCUGGCUCUGGAUGUCGGUUCUGAGCUUGGCUGCAGUGACUUCAUCAGAACCGGAGUCUACUGUAUGGUGAGCGGACCCAACUUUGAGACCAUCGCUGAGGCCAGAAUGCUGCUGACACUGGGCUGCGACUCUGUGGGUAUGAGCAUGGUUCCUGAGGUGACUGUGGCCAAACACUGCGGACUCAGAGUUCUGGGUCUGACCCUCAUCACCAACAAGGUGUCUCUGGACUACAGUCGGGAGGAGAAGGUGAACCACGAGGAGGUUCUGGAGAUCUGCAAGAUGAGGGCGGAGCUUCUGCAGAAACUUGUCACCACACUGAUUGGCCGCUGGCAGCAGAACAUCAACACACACUGACGCACCUGAGACACGGACACCUAGAGACGCACCUGAGACACGGACACCUGGAGACGCACCUGAGACACGGACACCUAGAGACGCACCUGAGACACAGACAUAUAGAGACGCACCUGAGACACGGACACCUAGAGACGCACCUGAGACACGGACACCUAGAGACGAACCUGAGACACGGACACCUAGAGACGCACCUGAGACACAGACAUAUAGAGACGCACCUGAGACACGGAUAUUUAGAGACGCACCUGAGACACGGACACCUAGAGACGCACCUGAGACACGGACACCUGGAGACGCACCUGAGACACGGACACCUAGAGACGCACCUGAGACACGGACACCUGGAGACGCACCUGAGACACGGACACCUAGAGACGCACCUGAGACACGGACACCUGGAGACGCACCUGAGACACGGACACCUAGAGACGCACCUGAGACACGGACAUUUAGAGACGCACCUGAGACACGGA